CUCGCGUCCAGCAGUUCACCACCGAAUCCUUUACUUGCUUUAAUCAUGGCACACGCCAACGAGGUGGUCGUGGUUGUGGGGAACGGCAUGGUAGGUCACCGGUUCCUGGAUCGGCUCCGCAAGUACGAUACCACCAAGCGCUUCACCGUCGUUUCUAUAGGAGAGGAACCCAUCCAACACUAUAACCGCAUGCUGUUAACCGAGUACUUUGAGCAUCUGAGUAUCGAUAAACUCAAGCUGGCGCCACCCAACUGGUACGUCGAGAAUGGAGUCGACCUCAUAACGAACACACAAGCUUUGGCACUAGACACGAAGAACAAGAAGUUGCUAUGCCAGCGACUCAGUGACGACGUACCAAAGCAGUUCGAGGUGCCGUACGACCGUGUCGUGAUCGCCACGGGUGCGAGUGCAUUGGUGCCACAACUUCCUGGUGCGAGCCUGCACGGUGUGUUCGUGUACCGCUCCAUCGCCGAUCUCAACAGCAUCAUCGCCCACGCUGAGAAGCAAGCCAAACUGGAGGCCACUGGAAGUGCCAAGAAGUACGCACUAGUAAUUGGCGGUGGUCUACUAGGACUGGAGGCUGCGAAGGCCGUCCACGACCUGAAGCUGUCCGUACGGAUCAUCGACCGCGGUACGCGGCUCAUGUCACGGCAACUCGAUGCUGACGGUGCUAAGGUUCUUCACAACGAGAUCGUCAAUAAGUUUGGGAUCGACGUUCUCUACGAAAAGUCGACUCAAGAGAUCAUCGGCACUGAAGAGAGCGGUGUCGAGGCCGUGGAGUUCACCAAUGGCGAGCGGUUUGACAACGUGUGUAUGGUCAUCUUCGCUACCGGAAUCAAGCCACGGGACGAGCUCGCUCACUCCAGUGGCCUCGAACUGGCAAAGCGCGGCGGGAUUCUCAUCAACGACUACUUGGAGUGCAGCGAACCGUAUGUGUACGGCAUUGGCGAGUGUAUUUCACACCGCGACGUCACGUACGGUCUCGUCGCUCCGGGUUACGAGAUGGCUGACACAUUGGCGAAGAACUUAACUUGUGGAUCUCCAGAGAACCGUAUCGCAUUCCCGGGUGGAGACGUCUCGACAAAGCUCAAGCUCAUGGGAAUGGAGGUGGGCUCGUUCGGUGACUACUUCCCGGAGUUUAUCAGCGAGCCGUUCGAGGUGUUAACGUACAAUAACCCUCUUGAGAAUGUGUACAAGAAGCUCUUCUUUUCUGUCGAUGCGAGCAAGCUCCUGGGUGGAAUUCUGGUUGGUGACACGAGUGACUUUGUGCGUCUAUCGCUAAUGUUCAAGCAAAAAGAUACCAAACCUUUGGUAGAUCCACCAAACGAAAUACUUCUUAAGAAGAGAGGUGGUGGCAGUAGUACAGUCUUGGAUCUACCCGAUGAAGCUCAAGUGUGUUCGUGCAACAAUGUGAGCAAAGGAGACAUCUGCCAAGCUAUUAAAGAGAAGAAAUUGACCAAGCUUGGAGACGUCAAGAAGGUCUGCAACGUCGGCACCGGCUGUGGCGGCUGUAUGCCUAUGGUGAAGGACAUUCUGGAAGCCGAACUGGCUGCUGCCGGUGCGGAAGUUGACAAGUCACUAUGCGAACACUUCGCGUAUUCACGACAGGAGCUGUACCAGAUCAUACAAGUCGAACAAUACGCCACGUUCGCCGAAGUUUUAGCCAAACACGGUCGCAAACAGCACGCUCCUCGUAGCUACGGAUGCGAGAUCUGCAAGCCCACAAUCGCCUCGAUCCUCGCUAGUCUCCAGAACGGGCAUAUCCUUAAAGGAGACCGUGCCGCCCUUCAAGACUCGAACGACCGAUUCCUGGCCAACCUGCAGAAAUCGGGUCAAUUCUCUGUGGUGCCUCGUGUGGCUGGUGGCGAGAUCACGCCGGACAAGCUUAUUGUGCUCGGCCAAGUGGCUAAGAGGUUCGAUCUGUACACCAAGAUCACAGGGGGACAACGUGUUGAUCUGUUUGGUGCCCAGAAGCAAGACCUGCCCGAGAUCUGGAGGAUGCUGGUACAUGCUGGCUUUGAGUCCGGUCAUGCGUACGGCAAGUCAUUGCGAACAGUGAAGAGCUGUGUGGGCACGACGUGGUGUCGCUAUGGUCAGCAGGACUCUGUUGGCUUCGCCGUCUUCCUUGAGAACCGCUACCGCGGCAUCCGUUCGCCACAUAAACUUAAAGGAGGCGUCUCUGGAUGCACCCGUGAGUGUGCUGAAGCUCGCAGCAAAGAUUUCGGCUGUAUCGCUACGGAUCAAGGCUACAACGUGUAUGUGGGCGGCAAUGGCGGCACGAACCCACGCCAUGCUACACUCCUGGCUUCAGAUGUUCCGCAAGAACUGGCCGUUAAGUAUCUGGAUCGAUACAUCAUGUAUUACAUCAUGACGGCCGAUCGUCUGCAACGUACAUCCAAGUGGCUGGAUGCACUUGAAGGAGGCAUCGAGCAGCUUCGUCGUGUAGUAAUGGAGGACUCGCUGGGUAUAUGUGCCACACUCGAGAAGCAGAUGAGCUAUCUGGUUGGAACCUACGAGUGCGAGUGGAAGAAGGUGAUCGAGUCACCUGAACUCCUGGCUCAGUUCGCCCAGUUCAAGAACACUAACGAGACUCAGAAGGAAGUGCAGAUGAAGACCGUGCGGGAUCAACGCAUGCCGACAUUCGUGGCGCACGCUAAGACUGGAAGUAGUGGGACUGGCACCGAGUCUUCGUCUCCUGCAUCAACUACUUCAGUGUUAUCAGAUCUCGAUGAGACGGAGUGGGUCUCCUUUGGCAGCAAGGAUCUAUUCGAUAUGAAUAGUGGUGGUGCCGUGCUGUAUGGUGAGUCGCAGUUGGCGAUCUUCAACAUCACAGAGAGCUGCAACGGCAUCGAGAAGGUGUCGUGGUAUGCCACCCAGAACAUGUGUCCUUAUGACCACUCGUUCGUGUUGGCUCAAGGCAUCGUGGGCGACCUGGAUGGCAGACCGAAAGUGGCGUGUCCCAUGCACAAAUGCAACUUCGAUCUCAGCGACGGCUGCUGCCUCAGCGGUAAUGACUUUCGUCUUCAGACGUUCGAUGCCAAGGAGGAGGAAGGGAUCAUUUACGUUUUAUUACCACCUGUGGAUGCGAUUGACGCUAGGCUUGCAACGUCCAAGUUCAUUGCGAAGGACAGAGAUGUUUCAGUACUCCCGGUGGUGUCAAAAGCACCCGUCACGCUUGACUGGUAGCGCCAUUUGUGUAGUGUUCGUGUCAACAGUAUUUCAUGCUACCAGCCAGCACUAUAACUCGUAAAAAAUCAUGCUUGUUUCAUCCAAGUCUGUGCAGUGAAAUGAUAACGCUGUAUUUUACGCUAUCUGAUUGAUUACAGCAUUAAAAGCCAUAAUGAAAUAUAAAAUUUAUUCUUAAAA